GCUAUUCGCUGCAUCUCGUUUACGAAACCAUCCACAGUCUUCCCGGCUCUUCGUUCCUCAAUAGGAAGGGCUGUGGUUUUUCGUUGUGGCGUACAGAAUAUUUUCGAUGGCUUCCGAAGGGCUGGAAUUUGGGUAUAAAAGUGGGCCAGCAGUAGUGUAAUUCCAUCCCAUAUCUGAAACUUGCCUUCCCUUCAGCAGCAGCAUGUCUGACAACGAUAGAACUACAACUCAUUGCCCUCCAGACCAUGAUAAAUCUAAAUCACUCGUACCAAAGGGGACCACGCAAACGCCUAAGUUAACACGGCAAUACGCUGUGACCAAUGUCCUGGAGCAAAAUGUCCUCGCCGCAGGAACCACAGGCCAAGGUACAACGCGUGGAUUGAGCCGGGAAGAUACCGUCAUAUCACCAACGUCUGAUGCAGGACUCAAAUCCCGCGACCGAAUCAUUGAUGAAUGUUGAUGUCGAUUCCUCUGAAGACAGAGAAGUUGUUACGUGCCAAGACAGCUCUAAUGUGGACGUUGGAAUGGACGAGGAUCAAGACAAGAUAGAAACUUGAAGGGGCUUGGUAUGUUGAGUGCAGGCUGUAGUAAAUAGUUUGUUGUUGUUCAAUGUUGACGAUUACCUCAAUUCAAAUCGAUGGCGGCUCGGGAUCUGGUGUGAAUGGGCUGCACUUACCUUUAUCUACUGGAAGAUUAAU